CGCCAUUAUACCAAAGAAGAAGAAGUUGCUCUCUUUCGUCAGUGUGGAACCGUGAUUUCAGUGCUGAAAGGGUCUUCAAGCCGCUUCACAUAUGAUCUGAAAUGUUCUAUUACUUCCAAACCAAUGGGUAAAAUAUAAUAUCCUAUUCAUAAAGAGACUUCGUUAAGUUGCGCAAUGUACGCAUUUAGCGCAGCCAUGGCGGUCUGUAGAACUCCCAAUAUGUAUUCUCGCGACGACAGCACCUAUCGCGUUCUCAUACAGAGUGGUCUCUAGCUAGCUAGCUAGCUACAUCAAAAACAAGAGCUGUCAACUUUCAAAAUCAAGUGUCAAGCCUUCCAUGUCUGAACAGAAGUCCACAGAGUCCCCAGGUUCUGGCUGUGGUGUUCCAGCCCAGAGAACCUCACAGCAGGGUCCAGAGAUGGUGUCAGUGAAGCUGGAGGACUGCAGUCAAACACUGGAACUUAAUGUGAUUGUUAAAGAGGAGGAUGAGAGAGAAGUCAAAGAGGAAAUGGAGAAGAUAGAAGUCAAAGAGGAAGUGGAGAAGAUAGAAGUCAAAGAGGAAGUAGAGAAGAUAGAAGUCAAAGAGGAAGUAGAGAUGUCAGUCAAAGAGAGAACAGUCGAAGAAGAAGAGGAGGAGCAAGCAGUCAAAGAAGAAGAAGAAGAGGAGGAGGAGCAAGCAGUCGAAGAAGAGCAUGAGAGAACAGUCAAAGAAGAAGAAGAAGAAGGGAAGGUAGUUAUAAGCAUCAAAGAAGAGGUGGAGAAAAGAUCAGUGAAAGCAGAAGAGAACAAGGAAGAAGCUGCUGAACAUCUAGGAACUGAAGAAGUAGAUAGUAUCAGUGACCCAGGAGAGAUCUCCAACCCAGGUUCAGACAGUGAGCCCAGUUCCACAGCAUCAGGAAACCAUAAACAACACAGACUGAGGAACUCAAGACAGAAACAUCAUCACUGCAUGGACUGCUUCACUAGCUUCUAUGAUCCAGAGGAGUUGAGAAGACACACUUGUAGGCCCCACCCCUGCUCAGAUUGCAGAGGCAGUUUUAUUUGUCCGAUUCACCUCAAAUCACACCAACAAAGUCUCAAAAUAAAGAUGUACCCGUGUGGUCAAUGUGGGAAGAGAUUUCAGACACCAAGCAGCUUGAAGAUGCACCAGCUUACUCACACAGGAAAGAAGUCGUACCACUGCUUCCAGUGUAGGAAGACAUUCGGUUGGUCAUUCAAUUUGAAGAGACACCAGAAAAUACACACAGGGGAGAAACCUUUCCACUGCUCCCAGUGUGGAAAGACCUUCAGUCAGACAGGAGACCUAAAGAAGCACCAGAGAAUACACACAGGAGAGAAGCCUUACCACUGCUCUGAGUGUGGGAAGGCCUUCAGUAUAGAAGCAAAUCUAAAGGAGCACCAGAAAUUACAUACAGGAGAGAAGCCUUUCCACUGCUCCCAAUGUGGUAAAAGCUUCAGUCGGUUGAGAGAACUAAAGAAACAUCAGAGAAUACACACAGGGGAAAAGCCAUACAGCUGUGAUCAGUGUGGGAAGAGUUUCAGUCAAACAGGAGUCCUAAAGAGACACCAGCUAACUCACACAGGAGAAAAACCUUUCAACUGCUCCCAGUGUGGGAAGGAUUUCAGUCAGUCAUCACUUUUGAAGAGACACCAGCUAACGCACACAGGAAAGAAGCCUCACCACUGCUCACAUUGUGGAAAAAGUUUUAAAUUGGAAGGAAGCCUUCAGAGUCAUCAGAGAAUACACAGUGGAGAGACGCCCCACCACUGCUCCCAAUGUGGGAAGGCAUUCAGUCAGGCAGUAGACCUAAAGAAACACCAGAGAAUACACAUAAGGGAGAAGUCUUUCCACUGCUCUCAGUGUGGGAAGACUUUCGGUCGGUCAUUAUUUUUGAAGCGACACCAGAGAAGACACACGGGGGAGAAGCCUUUCCAUUGCUCACAAUGUGGGAAGACCUUCAGUGAAAAAGGAAAUCUAAAGCAACACCAGAGAAGACACUCAGGAGAGAAACCGUACAGCUGUGAUCAGUGUGGGAUUAGUUUUAAAUGGAAACAAAGCCUGAAGGAACAUCAGGAGGCAAAGCACAGUGCAGUGCCCAACUCUAACCUUAUAAUGGAGCUGCCAAGCUGGACAUCUACAUAUCUGACUAAUAUUGACUGACUGUUCUUUUUGUUAUUCUGUUAAACCUCUUUUAAAAGAUAUAUUUUAUCAUCUAACACUUUAUUUAGACAGCCAAAAACACAGGGGGUGACAGGAAACUGGUAGGGUGGAGGACACGGGAAACUGGUAGGGUGGAGGACACGGGAAACUGGUAGGGUGGAGGACACGGGAAACUGGUAGGGUGGAGGACACGGGAAACUGGUAGGGUGGAGGACACGGGAAACUGGUAGGGUGGAGGACACGGGAAACUGGUAGGGUGGAGGACACGGGAACUGAAAACCGGUGUCCAGUGGGGAGGACGUGUGACUGGCUGCAGUGUUACCGCUAUACAACAGGUUAUUAUUCUGUCACACAUGGAAGUUCAUUUAUAAUAUUCUCAUAUGGAAAUGUACUAAAGAGUUCCAGCACGUGGAUCAUAUCCUGCAGAAAUCCAUUCUGUUUCUAUCUGCAUAAAGUCAAUUACUUUAUUACUUUCUUCCAGCAAGACACACACUUCUCUGGAACAUGUUAUGUGCAUAAUUGAUGCAAUUUCACCAGACUGCACACGUAUCUGCUUAAUGUAACUCUUUCUCUGGGUGAUUUGUGAUGUUUUACUUGUGCUUCCCGUGACUGUGUUUUUAUAUGUGUAUAUUUAUAUUGUAUUAUAACAGGGCACAUUGGAAAGAGAGACCUCUGUCUCAAUAUGUCUUCCCAGGUCAAAUAAAGGUAAAUGCAUCACUAAUAAUAAUAAUAAUGACCUGAUUUUAAAAAGUAGAGGCCGGACAUAAGGGAAGGCUGUAUUAACCAGUGGUCUACUAUAAUGCAGGGUAUAAUGUAAAGUCAAAAUAAAAUAAUGACAAGAUCAGCACGUUUUUAUUUUGGUUUUAUUCACGAUGCAGACAAUGGGUUCCAUCAGCUUGUUGCUAUGCACAUCCAUCCAUGACAAUUCUAUGGCAUGCACAGGUUCAUGAGGUCAUCCACCAUCAAUUGACUGUUGGCACAGGAUCCCCACCCCACACACACAACUACCACUAUCUACUCAGGAUUAUGUAACUAUUUGACUUAGAAUUCUAAGAACCCUUGAAUGUAUCAACGAAAUAUCAAACAAUUAUUUGAUAAGUUAUGUUUGCCCUUACAGCUGUUUAGUCCAUACAAACACAUUGAAUAACAGUCCUUGGUUGAAGAUUUCCCUCUAGUGGUGUGGGGGCUGUGCUUUGGCAAAGUGGGUGGGGUUAUAU